AUGCCGAUUCACUUGGGGUCGUGGUCGCAGUUGCAGGAAGCGAAGGCUUUGUUCAAGCCGAGUGUUCACUUCCAGGGCCGGAUCCUCUUCCCUGUGACUUUGGACACUGCCUGCCGGAGCACGGCGGAAGUUACGAUGGGCCCUUUUCCCAAGAGUCUCAAACUUCUGAGCAACCAUUUGGUGGUUGCCGCCUGGUGGGCGGCCUGCUACGAUGCACUGCAGGCUGCCGACGACGAGAGAGUCGGCAAGUUGUACGAGUGUGCCCAAACCUGCACCCUGCGAGUCUCGUUAUGGGAGAGCAAUGCACAGGUCAUGAGGAUUGCCUUGGAAAGCUCGGAGAAGCACCGUGCGAUCGCGACAACGUGUACUAUCGACAACAUAGUGCUGUUUGCAGACAGGCUCAGCAUCAUCGUCCAGGACUGCCCCGGAGGGACGUCAAAGCAGUUGGAGUAUCUCAAGGAGAAUGGCGUCUUGUUCCGUCAGAAGGAGAUUGGACGCAACACCCUCACGGGGGCCCUUGCGAUCGUGAAGGUGCUGACGUCGCGGUCGAGGUCGAUGUUGUCCUAUCUCGAGGCACGGUAUGGCCGGUCCUUGAUUACGGAGAGCACCACGAAGUUGUACCGCAUGUUCUGCCUGAUCAAGAAGCACAUGGCUGGUCCGGCUUUCGGCGUCAAAGUCGACCCCGAAGACGGCAUGGAAAUGCUCCUGAGCAUGCUCUGUCUCGGACUCGACUCUACGCAGCUGAAGCCUCAGGAGUGUAUCGGGUCCUUCUUGACUGGCGAGGAAGGAAGCAAGGUGACCGACCCGAGUUGCUGGGCACGGACGGCCAUCCAGACCCUUUCGCUUGGCCAGCAUGCACGCUUGCUCGCCGGACGCAUGGAGAGCUCGAUCUGCUCCAAGGAUAUGUGCUCCAUCAUCGAAACCUUGACCAACCCGGUUGUGUGGAGACAGGAGAUCAUGAAGCAGCGACAGGUCAUGGAUGUCGACGAGUGCUUCGACAACGUGUCUGUCGCGUGCAUGGAGACCUUGAAGAAGAAGGCCAUUGCAGACAGUGGUUUCAAGAAAAUGGAGCCCUUGCUGGACUGGUGCUACAGCUUGAUUGACGGUCAGUUCCAAGCAGGCAUCGCCGAAGUCUGCAAGGAAGACAUCGUGGAUGUUGUCAGCCUCAUCGAAAAGGGGGAGACUGCACAUACUGUUGUGAAGGAGCUCUCUGACGCGCUGGACGCGGCCAACGAGCAGGCUGACCAAGCUGCUGACACCCAGCAGAAAGUGAUGCCCAGGCUUAGCUGGCGCCAGCUAGCUCGUGUCAACUCCGACGAGAACGGUGACGGCGAGGCAACCAGAUUGGCCCUGCAGAAUGAACGAGAGGACCGCAUCCGGGG